AUGGUUGAAUCACUCCUUUUCAGCAUUGCAGAGGGUGUGCUAGGGAAGAUAGCAUCGCCGGCACUCCAGAAAGCCGUCGCAAUUUACAACUUUGAAAAUCAGAUUCAGGAGCUUAGAGAAACGUUGACUGCCAUUAAGGCGGUGCUGUUAGAUGCGGAGGAGCAGAAGGCGAAGGACCACCGUCUACAAGUGUGGUUAGAUGGGCUUCAGCAUGUAUUUUAUGAUGCGGAGGAUGUGCUCGAUGAACUCGAGUGCGAAGCCUUAAGGAAGCAGGUGAUAAGUCGCUAUGGGUGCGUCAGAGGGAAGGUACACCGCUUCUUUUCCCUCUCUAAUCCACUAAUACUCCGUGCAAAACUCAGUCAUAAAGUCAAGGAGAUAAGGGAGAGAUUAUCUAGAAUUGCUAUCGAUAAAGAUCAAUUUGAUCUUAAUGUGCGGAGAGUUGACAAUGGUGUGGCACAUAUGCACUCACGAGAGAUGACUUACUCAUAUGUAAACAAGUCUGAUGUCAUUGGAAGAGAUGCCGAUAAAGAAGAGAUAAUUGAGAUGUUGAUGCAGCCAACAGAUGACAAAAACCUCUCGGUGAUUCCCAUUGUGGGAAUGGGAGGUCUGGGCAAGACGGCCCUAGCUAAAUUAGUUUACAAUGACAAUCGUAUGAAAGAGCAAUUUGAGUUGCAACUAUGGGUGUGUGUGCCAAAGGACUUUGAUUUAAAGAAAAUUAUUGAAGGAAUUAUCAAAGAUGCAACUAGUCAGAGUUUGAGUAGCUUUGAUAUUCAACAGUUGCAAACCUGUUUGCAAGACACCAUCAAAGACAAGAAAUAUUUACUUGUCUUGGAUGAUGUAUGGAGCAAGGACCGCCGUAGAUGGAAAGAAUUGAGAGAUUUGCUAAGCGUAGGAGCUAGUGAAAGCAAGAUAAUUGUGACAACACGUAGUUUAGAAGUUGCUUCUAUAUUGGGUACUCAUCCAGCACAUAAUCUAAAAGGUCUUUCUCAUGAAAACUCUAUGGCCUUAUUCAAAAGAUGGGCAUUUGACGAGAAGGAAAAGGAGCCUUGUCCUGAACUCCUUAAGAUUGGAAAUGAUAUUGUUAAAAAAUCACUAGGAGUGCCUCUCCUUUUGAUUAUUUUGGGGAGCCUACUUCAUGCAAAGGACGAGGAAAUGUAUUGGGCAUAUAUAAGAGAUAGCAAAACAUGGGAGUUAGUGGAAGUAGAAAAGGACGUUCUACCAUGGAAGACGCUGGCGUUGAGUACAUCAAAGACUUGUGGAGAAGAUCUUUGA